AUGGACAAAUAUCGACCAAAGAGACCAACCACCCUGGCUCUGUUCCCACAGCUGCCACAAGCCGGCACCCAGGACUCCAUCAACAACAACUCUUUAGGUAAGAAGGACAGCUGGAAGGACUCCCGCUCCUCCUCCCCACACAUUACAGGGGAUCUUUCACCACCGGCUAUUCAGCCAAAAGCAGAGGACAAAGUCCGGCACAGCACGCGCCGCCCGGCCCCUAAACCACCCACUGCCAAUGGAGGCCACAGCAGAGCCUACAGCCAGCCUGCCGCCACCACCGCAGACACACGAGCUCGAGCACGGGAGAGACAGGUGUCCGGGGCCACGCACACACUGUCCUCCAGCACGCAGAGGAGUCAGAAGAGAGGAGGAGGAGGAGGAGGAAGAGGGGGUGGGAGAGGAGUGACGACGAUGAGAGAGAGGAGCCUGGGGGACAGCAGGGGAAAGGAUGGAGUGACGGCAGGGAAGGAAGAUAGAAGAGGAGGGAGACUAUGUGAGGAGUCCAAGGGGAAGGAGAGAGAAAGGAAUGGACAUCAGAGGCCAAGAGAAGCAAAUGGACUGAAAAGCCGGGGGGCUGAUGGGAAAGGAAAAGUAGGUGCUAAAGGGGGUAACAGAGGAGGGGGGAUCAAGCCAAAUAACAUGCUGUCUACCCAGGAAGCUUAUCUAACAGCCAUGGUGGUUCCACGUACGCCUGUAGCUCCAAGAAACCAAGACAAGCCCCAAGACCAAGGCCAAAACCAUAACAGGACCCAGGACAACCCCCCUGUCCUCUCCAGGUCCAGCAGCGAGGGAGGAUCAAACAGAAUGUCCCUCAGCUCAGACACGGAGGGCCCCCCACCAGGGCCCCUGCACCCCUCUCUAUCCCAUCGAAUCAACCCAGACAUCAGCGAAGAAGAGGGGGAGGCAGAUCCGACUCCCUGCGUGAACGUCCAGAAUGGUCCGACCCACUGCCGUGCAGAUAAUGAAAAAACAGAGAUGGACUAUACCAAGUCAGAGGUGAAUGCAGGAGGAGGAAAAGGUGACAAUAAAACCGUGGUGGAAGGCACCAACUCUGUCACUCAGGGAGAUCGUGCGGCUGCCCAGACUGUACCAAAGAGUGAAGCUACAGCAGGGUUAAAUUAUGAUUCUGUUAAAUACACUCUGGUGGUCGAUGAACACGCUCAAUUGGAGCUGGUCAGCCUCAAGGACUGCUUGCACGGUUACAACGAGCACAAUGAUGACAGCGAUGCAGAGACGGUCUAUCAGUCAGCCAAUGAGGAGGAAGACCCAGAGUAUGAGGAGGAGAGGAAAAGGAAAGAAGAAACAAGCAAGCAAGAGAGGAGGAAAGAUGAGGAAAAGAGAAGAAAGGAGGAGGAGGAGAUGAAGAGGAGGAGGGAAGAGGAUGUGAAGAGGAGGAGGGAGGAGGAGGUGAAGAGGAGGAGGGAAGUUGUGGCAAGGAUCUGCAAGCAGUCUAAGGUAACAUCGACCACAACUUCAGAGGAUGAUGAGUCUAACGGAGGAAGGGCCGAAGCUUCCAGAAGUAGGAAGUUCGUCAACCUGUUUGCCAACAACAGCAACCAUUACAGUGCCACUGGUGCUGGAUCAUUUGGUCUGUUCUCCUGUGUUCUGGAUGGAGUGGAGAGGCAGCAGAGCCACAGAGCUGUCUACAGGUUUGUCCCUCGCCAUGCGGACGAGCUCUGCCUAGAGGCAGAUGACCCGGUGUUAAUGCUGAACCAGUCUGAGGACCUGUGGUGUCAGGGCUACAACAUGAGGACUGGAGCCACCGGCAUAUUCCCUGCCUUCUAUGCUGUCAGAGUGGCCAAAGAGAUUAGCCAAGUUCAGAAAGACGGUUGGAUAGAGCAGUUCCUGGUGCGAUUCCUGGGUUCAGUUCAGGUCCCCAUGCACAAAGGCAAUGACGUGCUCUGUGCUGCGAUGCAGAAGGUGGCAUGCAGCAGGCGGUUAGCAGGUCAGCCUCCCUCAGCCUGUGUGCUGGAGGUCAGUGUGAAGGGUGUGAAGAUCAGUGUCCAGGACCAGUGUCACUCUGCUCACAGGGGGGACCAGUGUUUCCAUUUCUUCCAGCUGAAGAACAUCUCAUUCUGUGGCUGUCAUCCAAAACACAGCAAGUAUUUUGGUUUCAUCACCAAACAUCCCGACCAACAGCGCUUUGCCUGUCAUGUGAUGAUGUCAGAGACAACAUUGCAUCCUCUGGCUGAGUCUGUAGGGAGGGCAUUCCAGCAGUAUUACAAGGAAAACAUCGGCUACUCCUGUCCCACCGAAGACAUCUUCAUUGAAUAACACCUCUCCUCCAUCCACACUAUGUACUGAAUACUCA